AUGCCGACACAAGUGAUAGCUCUUAUAUUGUGUCUAGCCAUUAUUGGAACGGUUCUGUCUGAUUGUAAUUCUUGUACAACAUCUGGAAACAUGUGAGAGUUUAAAAUAUUCUAAUAACAAACAGUUUUAUUAUUUAGAUAUUGUGCUGAUACAUCAGAUUGUAUCUCUGUUGAUAAUUUCAAUUCCACAACAUGUGGAACCCCAAUAAAUGUAGCAUUCAAUUGUCCAACUCCGCCACGUGUCCCUUAUGAUGAAGAAUUUAUGAGAACUUGGAUGUAUGUUAUAGCAACUGCGGCACAGAAUGAGAACCCGCAACUUUGUUUUGAGUAAGUUUAUCCUUCCAAGAAAAAACAUUCCAAAAUUAUCUACAGUAAUCAAUUACCAACAUUGAAAUUAUAUCAAUAUCGAACAGUGAAUUGUUCAGCUGAUUAUCCUGAUGUUACUUGUUGUGGUUAUACGGCAUUUGAUACAACUAAACGAGCAAUCGUAGUUGCGUUUAAAGGUGCACAUGGAGAUGAUCAAAAUACAGUACUUUCGCAAGGUGAAAGUGUCAAGUUAGUUUACCCUAAAUAAACCAUAUAUAAAUUUUCAUUAGUGGAACAAUUCCAUUUUUUAACAAUGGUCGAGUUAUGCAAGUUUAUUUGGAUUCAUUCAUGGCUCUAUGGAAUGGUGGAAUUCAACAAGAUCUUCGUAGAUUAAUCUACCUCUACCCAAAUUAUGAAUUAUGGGUAAAUGGACAUUCUUUGGGUGCUGCAAUGGCUACACUUGCUUCUGCAUAUAUUGUGAAAAGUGGUUUAUUCAAAAGUGAAAAUAUGAAAGUUGUAACAUUGGGAACACCAUCAGUUGGUGAUUUGGAAUUUGCAAUGUGGCAUUAUAACACGGUAAGUUCUUCAUUUUUUGAGUUCACAAGCACAAUUCAAAAAUUCCAGUUUGUCUACUCUUUCCAUAUUGUUCAUCGAUACGAUCCAGUUCCAAAAAAUUCAGUGCUCGAUACAGUUCAUAAUAUAACUCUUUAUCACCAACGAACUUUAGUUUGGUAUGAUAAUUACAUGCGCGUCGGUGAUCCAUAUAUUAUUUGCCUCGAAGCCGAUGGUCCAUAUUGUGAUGGCUUAGCAAUUCAAAACAAUUCGAUGUGGCAAGAUCAUCUUUAUUAUUUUAAUAUUCUUCUUCCAGAUUGGGGCCAUGCUGGAUGUCCAAAGAAUAUUUCAGCAUAUCAGCAACCAUGA